AUGGCCCAUAUUCCGUCGCAGUGUGGUGUUUACGAGGGAGUGAAGGUUUGUGUCAGCAGGAGGGGGUGACUGACUGAGUGUUGGUCGUGUGAUUGGACAAAUUAGGGGAGGAAUAGGGGACGCCUACUCACAAGGCCUCACGGGUAUCAAGCCAGAGCGUUCGACGCGCGUGAGGUGAUGAAAGUUUGUGAGGUCAGCCGGCAGUCACUGCAGUUGGACCGGAGGUGUCCCAGUUCUAGCUGGCGGGGUGGCCGUGUGUCAACAGCUGUCGCGGUCAUCGUUCGACAAAACGGAGCCAAAAGAAAGGGGGACUGGAGCGGCUGCUACACGGUCAUGGGUGUCAAUGGAUGAAGUGCCGAGGCUUCUGUUAGUCGAUGUAACAGUGAAAGACAGGUAACAGCCAAGGCACUAAAGGUUCGUGUUAACUCGCUAAUAAAACAAACAAAAUAUGCAAUCUGCCGUGAAUAGCAUCCGACAGUUCGACCGUCUUUGCCAAUGAUGUCCACCGUGUGCUUCACAGAUAAGUGAGGCAGGGACGGUGACUUGCGUAUGAAUUAGUUUAGAGUGAUGGUAGGCUUGCGCUGCAACUACCGCACUCUCUCCUCCUCCCCCACCUUGACCCAGUGUCAAGACAGAGUCAGGAGGACCGGAGGUGGGGUAGGGCGCAGGUGGAUGUCACGGUCGAGACCGCAGCUUGGCGCUCCACUCCACGCCCCCCUCCCGUCCACAAAACAAAUAACCAGGUUUUUGAUCAACAAUAACAACAAUGGGGGACGGCAGGGAUCCCUCUGUGUGCGACGGCUGCCGGCAACCGCGUCUGUCCCCACAACCCGAAAUCCUGGCUUUUGCUAUGGUGUGCAAAUCCGACAACGCCUGUCAAGAUCCGAUAUGACCCCCGUGAUGAUCCAGCGCAUCUAACGCGUUGCCCGGUUGGGGGCACAAUUAGCACCCGCUUGCUGGGUUGCAAACUGUAUACGCAAAUUUUAUGUUACAGAUAUACAUACUAUUGCCAAAUUGAUAGUAAUUAUGUUCCUUCGAUGUACGCAAAGGGCCGGUGUCGCGAAGAUGCAUGUGGCCCGUAGCGCGUCUCACUACGGCUACUGUCCACGACUUUCUCCUCGCGAAUGACUGCACGUUCAACGCUACGACAGAGCGGGAAUCUUUUCGUCGAUGGCUGCGCCAACUCUGGGCUGACCAUCAACACAGGAAAAAUGAUGAUCAUGCAUCAGCCGUCUCUGUCAGUGGCAUCAAAAUCAAAACUACGAAUAGUUUCGCCUAUUUAAGCAGCAUUAAAGUUGGCGACGAAGUGCCCAUCGGAUCUCUAGAAGCAAACAAACUUUCGGCUGGCCGUAGGUCACCGCCUGGAACCCUCAAGGUUUUUGGCUCCACACAAAGCUUAAUAUGUACAGGACGGUAGCCCUGAAAACGCAACUAUAUGGGACGCGGACAAGGACCAUCUACACCACUAGAGCCAUGAAACUCUAUCACUCCCACCUCCCUUGUCACCGGAGAGUACUAAAACUGGGGGGACAGAGAGGACCCCCGACACAGAAGUCCUGGGACGAACCUAAAUCAUCAGCACCCCUGUCGUGUUGAGACAGUUGCAGCUGCGUUGAAGCGGCCAACCCGUGAAGACAGAAGACGUAUGACCACCAAAACGACUCUUCUGCCGUAAUGUCUCUACGAAUGCUCGCCGACAAGACAACCAAAAACGACGUUACAUGACACCCUGAAGAACACUCUGAACUGCUAGCAAAUCAACCGGGCGACCUGAGAAGAUGUCAUCCAGGACCGAUCGGCUUGGAGAAGAACAGUAAAAACUGGAUCAGCUAUCUACAAAGCCAGGUUGGUCGUCGCCGAAGAAGCUAAAAGAGUGGCUCACAUGUGUCAAACGUCUCCAACCCCCAACCGCAACACCUAACCCUUCCCAAAGUGUCCACGUUACUAACAUAUAUUCAGAGCGCGGAUCGGCCUCGUCGAAUAUCGGCGAACUCAAUGUAACAACAACCCAACAAGGCCAACUGCUGUUUCCACAGACACCACAUUGCCACCUUUUCACCAGCCUCUACGAUAUCCACGGUGGCGACCCGUCCCCACCACCGGUGAUCACACUUCUGAUGCUCCGCUGCCGUCGAUCGCCGCCACCCCUAUCAUCCGUGUCAUAACUUCUGCGAUGGCUAUGAUUAUGGUGGUGGUGGUGGUGGUGGUGGUGGUGGUGGUGGUGGUGGUGGUGGUGGUGGUGGUGGUGACCGCCUCUCCCACUCUCGCCAUCGAUGAGAACGCUCCCGACGCCCUGUUGAUCACUACUCCCGCUACCACCGCCGCCGGCAUCAGCAAUGCGAACUCGACCCCGAUCUAUAAAGGAGUCUGA